AUGAUAUCUGAAGACUUAGAGAUCGAUCUCUUAACAUAAUCACAUAUCGAAAGUGAUAAUGAUCGGCUCGAAAAUAAUAAACCAACAAUAACUUAACAUAGAAUUCGUGUUAGUACAAAAAUAAAAGGAGGAAGACCGCCUAAAUCUAAAAAAAGGGCUCCAUCUCUUAAAACAUAAAAUACUGAAGAGAGAAAAUCUCAUGAGAGCCCAGAUAUUAUAAUGAUAGGAUCUUCUAAAGCAAAAAUGGCCAAAGCAAACACAAUAAUGAAGAAGAUCAAGAAAAAAUUCAAGUCAAAGUAAAAUAACAAAUAGGCACCUAAAAGAAUCAAAAAGGUGUAGAAACCGCUCAGAGCAACUUAGGAUAAAGCAUAGUCAACAUUUAAAUCUGUAGUUGUAUGUUUCAAAUCAUUUCUCAAAGGGUUAAAGGAAAAUUUGUAAAGAGCUUUAGAUGAAGGCGACAAAAUACUUAAAGAAAUUGAAUGA